GGCGCCCCGCAUUAAAAUGGCCGCCGCCUCUGCCGCCGCGGCCGCCGCGCGACGGCAGUUGGUGGGCAUGCUCCCUGAGUGCCCGGCGCCGGUAUGGCUGCCGCCCUCACAGCAGUGACUGUAAUUCUCGGCUUCCGGUCGUAGCCGGCCAGCGCUCACUGCUCUUCUGGAAGCUUGGCGGAGCCGGGGAGAGGUGCGGGUGAGCUGGGAGAGGUAGCGGCCAGCUUCCGCGCCCGCUCCCGACGGAGAAGAUGGCCGAGGGCGAGCGGCAGCCGCCGCCAGUGAUUUACUGUUUCUUGAGGACAUAGCCAGGCCUGGAGGCCACCUUCUCUGUGAAAUAGUGUCUGGAGGUCUCCAAAUCCCCUGGCAGUUUCCAUUUCCUCAUGACUGCUCCAGGCGGGCUCAGUUCCCUUGACGUUCUGGGCCUCUGUGGCUUUCUGUAUGCAGUGAUGACGAGUUUUAGAGGAAGGCAGCCGGGCAGGUUUACAUUAGGUGGAUCUCAUCAUCUUCUACCUUCCUGAGAGGUGCAUUUUUAAAGGAGAUGCUUACGGAACUACCACAUCUCCAAUGGCAGACGCAGGCUUAAGCUCUCUCUGAAACCUUGGCAGAUUCUUCAGAGGAGACCCCUCCAGCUACUCAGAACUUUAUCAUUCCAAAAAAGGAGAUCCACACAGUUCCUGAUAUGGGCAAAUGGAAGCGCUCUCAGGCAUAUGCUGACUACAUUGGCUUUAUCCUUACCCUCAAUGAAGGUGUGAAAGGGAAGAAGCUGACCUACGACUACAAAGUCUCUGAGGCCAUUGAGAAACUGGUGGCUCUUCUUGAUACGCUGGAUAGAUGGAUUGAUGAAACCCCGCCAGUGGACCAGCCUUCACGAUUUGGGAACAAGGCCUACAGGACCUGGUAUGCCAAACUUGAUCAGGAAGCAGAAAACCUGGUGGCCACAGUGGUCCCCCCCCACCUGGCAGCUGCUGUGCCCGAAGUGGCAGUUUACCUGAAGGAGGCUGUGGGGAACUCCACACGCAUUGACUAUGGCACAGGACACGAGGCUGCUUUUGCUGCUUUCCUCUGUUGUCUCUGCAAGAUUGGCGUGCUCCGGGUGGACGACCAGGUGGCUAUUGUCUUCAAGGUGUUUGAUAGGUAUCUUGAGGUUAUGCGGAAGUUGCAGAAGACGUACAGGAUGGAGCCUGCAGGCAGCCAGGGCGUGUGGGGUCUGGAUGACUUCCAGUUCCUGCCCUUCAUCUGGGGCAGCUCACAGCUCAUAGACCAUCCCCACCUGGAGCCCCGACAUUUUGUGGAUGAGAAGGCGGUGAGCGAGAACCACAAAGACUACAUGUUCCUGCAGUGCAUCCUAUUCAUCACCGAGAUGAAGACCGGCCCCUUUGCAGAGCACUCCAACCAGCUCUGGAACAUCAGUGCUGUCCCCUCCUGGUCUAAAGUGAACCAGGGCCUCAUCCGUAUGUAUAAGGCGGAGUGCCUGGAGAAGUUCCCUGUGAUCCAGCACUUCAAGUUCGGGAGCCUGCUGCCCAUCCAUCCAGUCACGUCAGGCUAGGAGAGGCUGAGCCACCAGAGCCACCCUGGCCAGGUUCCUGUGCCCUCUCUGACCCGGCGCCCUUCCCACCCACCUUCUGUUCUUUCUGUUUGAUGAGAGGCUGUUUACUGAGAUGGGUGCUAAGCAGGGCCUGAGUUGGGGGAAAUAACCAAAGUGUGGCCAGUUUUUGACUGUCCAUCUGGGUGGACAAAGAAGAGAGGGACUGGGACCUGUUCCCAGGCCUCCUGCCCAUCCCUGUCCUCCCUGCUUCCUUUCCCUCCUGCCCAGGCUCUUGUGAGACAAGGACCUCCUGCUCUUCCUACUGCUUUCCCUUUCCUUCCCAUGAUGUGAUGCCUCCUUAAGUGUAGAAAUGCUGGGCCUCCAGGGCCUGGCCGGUCAGCUUCCAGAGAGCUGUUUUCCACUGGCUAUCUGCUGUGGGGCUGGAGGGGGAGAGGCUGUCAGCAGCCGAGGGGAGGGUUGGGUUGGGGGAGAUGGUUGUAUAGGGGCCAUGAACGGUGAGGCUCGCCUUCUCAGGAUAGCCUCCUAGGCCCUGAGGGUACCUGUGCCUAUCCUUAUUCUGGCUUUUGUUCCUUGGCCCUUGCCUUUGCCAGGUUUCUUGACUGUUACCGUAAUGUUCCCCUUCCUGGGGAUAACCUAGCUAUGAAAGCUGCCCUGGGCUCCUGGGAAAGCCUGUUGAUUUCCAGAACUGUCUGGCAGAGGGAGAAUGGGAGAGUCUCAGGGAGGCAUUAGGGCUAUUGUGUCUGUUUAGAACCGGGUUUCCUUCAGUCAGUCUUAUGCCUACUGAUUCUUCUACCUCCUCCUGCUUUGUGUGGCCUUGAGCUUCACCUGAGUGAGGCCCUUGGCUUGCUUAUCUACUCUUGGGUAGGUUGUGGCUGGUGUGGGAGGGCAAAGAAGGUAACAGCUCCUCCCUCUUCCCUUAAUGAGAUGAGGUAAGUGGUGCCCUGGGCCUGGGCAUAGACUUGGAAUCGUAGGACUGCUGAGGGGAAUCGCCCAGUGCUAUGGCUGCGCUGGUACCUGCAGGCGUCCCUGUCCCACUUGGGCCUGCCCUUCUGCGCUGCCCAUCUGUGUCUGUCCACAGAGCCUUUGGGGAGUGGACACUCUGAAGCACAACUCAGGGGCUUGGCCAGGGAUUAACAGUGAUCUGGACAGAGCUGGAACUGAAGUCAUCAGAGUCACAGGCAGUUUCCCAGGAAAGGCCCAGUGCCAGCUUCCUUUCCAGGGCCAGGCCACUGCCUUCCUGGCUCCCUCCCCUGUUCCUGGGUCCCUAGCCCUGCGCCUUCCUUGCUGUUUGGAUUAAAGCCUCUGUUUUACACCUGG